CAUUUCAUCGAUUAGGGUUUCUAUUUUGUGUAGUAUCUGUUACCUUCAGAGUCACAAAGCAAUGGAAGCAAUCACGGAGGGAGUGAACAACAUCAACAUCUCCGAUUCUUAUAAGAAGAAUCGCAUUCAGGUUUCCAACACUAAAAAGCCCCUCUUCUUCUACGUUAAUCUCGCCAAGAGGUAUAUGCAACAGCAUAACGAGGUUGAGCUCUCAGCACUAGGAAUGGCUAUUGCCACGGUGGUUACUGUUGCUGAAAUUUUGAAAAAUAAUGGGCUUGCUGUUGAAAAGAAAAUUAUGACAUCAACUGUCGACAUAAAGGAUGAUUCUAGAGGCAGACCUGUCCAAAAGGCCAAGAUUGAAAUAUUACUUGGGAAGACUGCAAACUUUGAUGAGUUGAUGGCUGCUGCCGCCGCUGCUGAAGAUGUUGAAAAUGGAGAUGUUGAAGAGCACACCGCAUGAAGUUCAUUAAAAUUAAUCCUGAAUCGAGUGAAGAUAUGUACUAUUUAAUUGCAGUUUUGUUGUUAGGAGGUAGCGGAGAAGCAUAGAAUUCAUUAUAGACUGACUUGCAAAGUUGAACUACUUAAUUCCUUCAUUUCUUUUCCUUAUAAAAAGAGGCUUUCCGUUU